AUGAUGGUAAGCAACUGGGCAAUGUCGAAAGAUGAGCUAUAUGGACCACCACCAGCUUAUUCGAUAACGAAUAAUUAUGAAAGUCCACCAUCAUAUACACCCUCAAUUUAUGUUGUACCUGAUAGAGGAAUAGAAUAUCAAGAAAGACCAUCUUCUCAUGGAUCUAUUACUAUUAAUUUACCAAAUAGAUAUACUCGAUAUUUAUUGGGAACAGGCCUUGUUCAUAUGGUUAUUGGAUUAGCAGCAAUCGUAUGCGAUGUUAUUCUAACGAUUAUGAAUGAAUCAUAUUCAUUCACUGGUCUAUGGUCAGGUGCUUUAAGUAUUAUAUUAGGAAUCUAUCUUAUUCUAUUCAUGAGUCAUCCACAAAAGCAUUUAUCUUCGUUACAACGAUUGAAAUUACUUCAUUUGGCUAUGUUUAUAAGUUCUAUAAUAGCAUUAAUACUUUCAUCUAUCAAUCUCGCUUCAGAUUCCUGUUAUAAAAUAUUCUUAGGUCCAGAUCGAUGUCAAGAUUCUGCAUAUUUAAUCAAAAUUAUUCUUGUUGUAUUCUUUACCAUCACUUUCCUCCAAAUAUGUAUUACAAUUGUAAUGACAUUUAUUCAUUCUAAACAAUCUUGUUUAAUUUUGACAAGACAUACGAGUACAACGUCUGAGAAUAUUCGUUGA